ACAGACAACGGUGGAAUGGCAGUCCUUGUCCUGUUCCUUCUUUUUAUGACCGAGGUAAGCGUGGAGAGCGCAGUCACGCCCACGCACCUGCAGCGCCUUCGGUCUCCCCGCAUCGUCGGCGGCGAAGAUGCCUUUCUCGGAGAGUUUCCGUUUCAGGUGUCAAUUGAACACGUCGGCCUCCUGGGACGCAACCACAUCUGCGGAGGAAUCGUCGUGACUGCAAACGACGUCUUAACGGCAGCGCACUGUAUAAGCGAGUUUUCAGAACAUAGCAUUGACAUAGUCGCAGGUAUAAACAGUCUUAGUGAUACAUCAAGCAACAGGCAAACGGUAGAAGCUGCUCAUUUCGUUAUCCAUGAUGAUUUCAACGACAUUACAAUGGAAAGUGACAUCGCAAUUAUUAAGCUGAAGCAUCCUCUGGUGUUGGGCGAGCGCGUGCAGCCCGUGGUGAUACCCGAGGCCGGAGAGACGGCCCUCGAGGGGGAGGCGUGCACGGUGGUCGGCUGGGGCGCCGUCUUCGAGAAUGGCGGCCUGAGCGACGUCCUGCAGAAGGUGUCCGUCCCGAUCCAGUCGGAUAACUACUGUCGGUCAGCAUACGGCUACUCGGCGGUGGAGGACACAAUGCUGUGCGCCGGCAGCCCCGAGGGCGGCGUGGACGCCUGCGACGGAGACCGCGGCGGCCCGCUGAUCUGCCGGGGACACCUGCACGGCAUCUCCUCCUGGGGGCAAGGCUGCGGCCACUCCUUCUACCCUGGGGUUUACACGGAGGUCUCGGCAUUCCUGUACUGGAUUCUGCAUCACACUAUGUCACAAUGAAGCAAAUAUAGUGCCUUUUGGGUCUGAAGCAUUC